AUGUCUAUGCCGCCUCAGCUCAUCCGCGUCAAGCGAAAGCGCGACGACGAGUCACCUGUGACUUUCCUCCAGCUUGACGAAGGCGCAAAACGGCAUCGAAACGACAGCAACUGGGUUUAUCAGAGGCGACCCCCUGGGCCUCAGCUUCAGUCUCCAACAGUAGAAGCUCCCUAUUCUCGCGACCCGAAACCCGUUAUUCACAUCUCCGGCCCUGGCGAUGAUGCAUCCAAGACAAGGAAGGCUGCUAUCCCCUCUGUGGGCGGCAUCGCGGGCAGCAUCGCAGGGGGGAUAGCAGGCAGUGUCACAGGCGGCGUCACCUCUACGUCUGACUCAAAUCUGGUCGAUCCAUCCGCCGUGCCCGAACACCGGCGUUUUCAUAUCUCCAAAAAGAUGAUGAUGGCCUCAGGCAGCACAACUCAGAACGGUCCUGGCCUCAACAACAAACGACCACGAUAUGGACCUGCUGUUUUUGUCGAAAGAAGUCGUGCCAAGGCCAGCCAACGGGCAUCGAGACUUCGGGAGUCUAUCAAGGAAUCGAUAUCACUGCCAGCUGGUCAGCAAAUUCCUGGUGUGGUCAUGCCUGCACAACAGGAGCGACGCCUCAAGAAGCCGUCGGCGAGAAGCAGACAAAAUUCUCCGCUGCCGGAUGCCAAUUCUCGGACUCCUCUGCCAACUUCAGUCAUGAAUCCCCAUGAUCAGGACAUAUCCAAGAGGGCGGCUGACAUGAAUGACUGGGUCAUGAAAGAGAUUGGUGCCAACCUUGAGAAAAUGGAGCAAGAAAAGCAAAAAACCAGCAGGUUUAAACCCAAGGCCCCAGCUCAACGAUACCAGGAACGUCACCCGGAAACAGCCACUGGCAACACUGACCCGAACGAUGUGGAUAUGACUACGGAUAACAUAAGUAGUGAUAUGGAAGAUGAUGACGACUGGGUCAUUGAGGAAUAUGUUCGCAUCCCUGCGCAUGCUAUGACCAUUAACGUAGCACCAACGGAUGUUGGUGUGUUGGUCCUCGAUGGCAAGGAAGAGAGUAAUAUGUUCUUCGGUCCUGAGCGCGACGAGGACGAUGAACUUGAUGAAGACGACGAGGAUGAGAAUGCCGAGAAUUACUACACGGCGGAUUACCCAGAGGAAGAGGUGGACUCAGACGAUGAAUACGGGCGUCAUGCGUACGGUUACCGUAACGGAAAUGCGUCCGACGACGAGGAAUUUGACAACAACUACUAUGAAGACGAUAUGGUCCUUGACGACGACGAAGACGAAGACGCUACCAUGGCUCGUAUUAGGACGUACGUGAAACGUAGCCGUGCCUUUGAAUAG